CAGUUCAAAAUCUUGUUCCACUCACUGACUUGCUUAAUUUGGCUUUUGAAAUCCGAUCCACCCCCAUCUCUUGAAUCUUCCCUAAUUUUCUGGAAUACAAUCUUUCAACACUCUUUUUUAUUUUUCUGGCUUGUGCUGAUCUAUUGCCUAUUGUUUAUUUUCUUCUUCUUAAGCUAAGAGUCUUUCGGAAAUAGCCUCUUUAUUCUUACGGGGUAGGGGUAAGAUCUGCGUACACUCUACCCUUCCCAGGUGCGGGAUUUUAUUGGGUUGUUGUUGUUGUGAAUCUUUCUAACACUCUAGGGAGCUCUAGGUAUUAUAAAGCGUUCUCCCUCCCCCGGCAAAAACCCACGCCAAAAAAGAACAAAAAUUAGAAAAAGGACAGAAUUAAAUCCUUUAACGUCUACUCAUGGCAUUCCCUAGUGUUACAGUAUCAAACUUUAUACUUAUGUUGUUGAUGAUUGGUUUUGCAAGCUCUGAUUUUGCAGAGGAUAGAAAAGAGUGCCAAAACCAACUGCUUCAUCUAUCAUCUUGCUUGUCUUAUGUUGGUGGAGACGCUCAACUUCCCACCCCAGCUUGCUGUGCCCAGCUCAGAAAAGAUUUACACAAAACCAAAUAUUGUCUUUGCCUUAUUGUAAAAGACAGAAAUGAGCCAAAUAUUGGCUACAAAAUCAAUGCCACCUUAGCACUCGGUCUGCCGUACGUCUGCGGUGCUCCAACUAAUGUUUCAGAAUGCCCCGCAAUUCUAAAACUUGCUCCUAACUCACCGGACGCUCAGGUUUUUAUCGACUUCGUCAGCCACUCCAAAACUGGAAACAAUGCAAGCAUAGGCGAUGUCCAGUCAAGUUCAAGUAUCAAAUUUAGCAACAAGAGAUGGUUUGCUGCAGGGAGAGACGUUGGUGUUGCAUUUUGUGUUCUGAUAUUUGUUAUGAUCACCAUGAUUUAGGAAAAGACACUUGAACUUUAUAUGCUAUAACUUUGAUCCUUUUAUCUUGUGAAUAAAAUGUCAAUCGACGUUCAAUCUGAUCAUCUUUUCUAUAA